AGUGAAAAUGUUAAAUUGGGUUUGUAGAAAAUUCACAGCUGUUUUCUGAUGAAAAGUGUAUUUUUUUUUUUGUUCUGUUUAAGGUGUGAAAAUCACCAUGAGAAGCUCAGUGUGUUCUGCUGGACCUGCAAGAAGUGCAUCUGCCACCAGUGUGCCCUUUGGGGAGGAAUGCAUGGAGGCCACACUUUUAAGCCACUGGCAGAAAUCUACGAGCAGCACGUCACCAAAGUGAACGAGGAGGUGGCAAAGCUCCGCAGGAGACUGAUGGAACUCAUCAGUUUGGUGCAAGAAGUGGAGAGGAACGUGGAGGCCGUGCGCAGCGCCAAGGACGAGCGCGUGCGGGAGAUCCGCAACGCCGUGGAGAUGAUGAUCGCCAGGCUGGACACUCAGCUCAAGAACAAGCUGAUCACUUUGAUGGGUCAAAAGACAUCGCUUACUCAAGAAACUGAACUUCUGGAAACUCUGCUUCAAGAAGUAGAACAUCAGUUACGAUCCUGCAGUAAGAGCGAGCUGAUAUCCAAGAGCUCAGAGAUCCUGAUGAUGUUCCAGCAGGUCCACAGGAAGCCCAUGGCCUCCUUUGUCACCACUCCUGUUCCCCCAGACUUCACAAG